UAUAAAUAUUUGAAAAAAUGGAAAAAGAGUUAAAUAAUUCUUUGAGAUCAUUGAUCGACGGGCAGGCAAGAGAAAGUUUUACUUUACUAAAAUCUAUUGGAGAAGGGGCUUUUUCUAGUGUCUAUUUAGGACAUUUUUUAAAUGAUCAAAGUAACUUGGUGGCCAUAAAAAGGAUCAAAAAAACACAAGCAUUUUUAGGCAUGAAUUUAGGUGUAGAGUGCAGUCUACUCAGAAAACUUGGACGCCAUGAAAACAUUAUCAAGUACGUGGGACUUUAUGAAUCUCCUACUUGUUAUUACAUUGUUCUUGAAUACAUGGAAGGAGGAGAAUUAUUGGACAUACUUUUGUAUAACUUGGAGAACGGCGAAGCCUAUAGUGAGGCCACAGUUGCAUUGAUAUUAAGACAAGUUUGCAAUGCAGUAGCGCACUGCCAUAAAAACCAAAUAAUUCAUAGGGACUUGAAACCUGAAAAUGUUCUUGUACGCAGAGGAACGGUUUUUAAUGAAAAAAUAGCUCUAAAUGCAUUAAAGCUUUGUGAUUUUGGAUUGGCAAUAGUACAAACUCUUGGUGUUUAUCUGUUAUGGUUUCACCAACAUUAUGAAGGAAGUAGAUAA